AUGGCGUCUUGCUUGUUAGCUGGCGAGCGAUUUGUACGCGCUCUGGGUCCUGGUGGGGAGCUGGAGCCAGAGCAACUGCCCGGGAAGCUGCGAGCAGAGCUUGAGGCCGCGCUAGGGAAGAAGCACAAGGGCGGCAAUCGCGCGGCUCGCCUGGUUUCUUUCCGCCUGAUCCGGGAUCUGCAUCAGUACUUGAGAGAAAGGGGUUCCAAACUAUACCUUCAUGAGCUCCUAGAAGGCAGUGAAAUCUAUCUCCCAGAGGUUGUGAAGCCUCCUCGGAACCCAGAGCUAGUUGCUCGUCUGGAAAAGAUUAAGAUACAGCUGGCCAAUGAGGAAUAUAAGCGGAUCACCCGCAAUGUCACCUGUCAGGAUCCAAGGCAUGGCGGAACUCUCAGUGACCUGGGAAAGCAAGUGAGGUCAGUGAAGGCUCUGGUCAUCACCAUCUUCAACUUCAUUGUCACGGUGGCGGCUGCCUUCGUCUGCACUUACCUUGGAAGCCAGUAUAUCUUCACAGAAAUGACCUCGCGAGUACUGGCUGCCUUGAUCGUGGCCUCUGUGGUGGGUCUGGCCGAGCUAUAUGUCAUGGUGCGGGCAAUGGAAGGCGAAUUGGGAGAACUGUAACUGUGCUUCCUCAUCGAAGUCCGGAGACUCCAGGGUCUCAGCUGCCAGCUGCUGAUUCUCAGUCAGUGAUUUGUACUCAGCCAAGCCAAGGCCACGUGCUCUUCCUACAGGACAGCCCCAUCCUGUCAGUUAACAGAGGGGGCUGUAGAGGAGACUCAGACAACAACAGGAAAGAACUGGUCUGUCCGUACAUUUUCCCGAAGCCAGUGCCCAUCUGCCUUCUACUGUCCAUUCUGGGCGUUGCUGGGGCUGGUUUUUUUCCCCACUGGAAUCAAAGAGAAUCCAGGCCUUUCCAGAAGUAGACCAUACUGCCUUGAACUUGCCCAGGUGCACAAGUCAGUGUUCGUCCUUGCUCCACAUAUCAUGAUGCAGACCUGUAAUUUAUAUCAGAAGACUCCAAUAAAGCAGAGAGAUUCGCUUUCUCCAGUUUGUGCUGGAAGAGGAACUGAUCAGAGGACAUCAACUAAGAGAAAGCCAGUUGGUACAGGAUGGUGCAGUUGUACUCAAAGCAACUUUUUGGAAUCUUAGUUUCUGCCUUCAUCUUUUUCCUCCUGCUGGCCUUGUUCAGAUUUUCUGUGUUUCUGCCGGUCUUCACUAUUCAUCAGCCCUCCUUCAACUUCCCACUUUCCGGUCACCCUUUGCUCUGCUUCCAAAAAUGAAAAAAGUUCAGAUAGCAAAGCAGUAUGUCUGCUUUUAAUUGCAAAACCCCUUGUACUUGUUUGUAUUUGUAAGGAGAGUAUGUCUACUGUGAGUUGUCUCAGCUAAUGAAGGGAGAGAUUCUUUGUAGACUGGUGACUGUUUUUAGAUUGAACUGUAUGUGUAAUUUAUAUGAGUAUACACAUAACAAAAAUAUAUGGUAUGUGUACAUAUUGUUAUACAUAAGCCUGUUACAGGUUAUUUUAUGCGGAUUCUUGAACAUAUUUGGGUAAGUGCAAAAAAUAGUAUGUAAAAUUGUUUUACAUGAUUGCUUUUGGUCUUCAGAACUAUUCCAGAGGUUAGACAAGGAAGCAGCUUUAGGUCCCUUUUCCGGAAGACAAAACUGAGGCUGAGAGAGGUCAAAUGACCCUCAGCAGUCCUUUUUCUGUUAAAUGGAGCCAAAGACUCCUAGGUUAUCUUGAAGUCUCUGUGUAAUGUUACACUUUUAAGAACUUAGAUUAGUGGUGUGUUGAUGGAAUCUGUAUAAGACUUUUAGAAAUUACA